AUGUCGUCCGAGGUACCGCCCGGGGAGGCGGGCCUCGUGGAACGAGGGCGGUGGAAUGCCGUGUCGCCCGCGGGCGAGCGCGAUUGCGCGGGCGCGAGCGAGCCGCGCUGUCCAGAGGGAGCGUCCCAGCAGGAGGCGAGGACCGCCGCGCUGGAGCGCAAGGCGCUCGAGCAAAGGGUGCAGGACCUCGCUCAGCAGCUGGAGCGGAGGUUCAGCGCCGCCGUCCCGGGCGAAAAGGUGCCGCAGAUGGGGAGCAUCGCCCUGCGGGCCAGGAAGAACCUGAUCUCCAGCACCGAGCCCCCGAGCAGCAAAGAGACCUCUCUUUCGGAGGUCGACCUGGCGUCGCAGUCGUUCAGCUUUCAGGUGGCAGAGUCGGACGCGCGCGUCCAGGGGCGCCACAUUGCACAGCCACAGGUGCCGCAUUUCACAGCCACAGGCACCACGUAUCACAGCCACAAGCGCCAAAUUUCACAGCAGAGCGCGCCGCAUUUCACAGCCGCGCGCGCCGCCCUGUCACAGCCGCAGGCGCCGCGCACAUCUCACAGCCACAGGCCCCGCUUGCGCCUCUCACUUGCAGUAUUCCCUCGGGAGCUUCUCGUGGACCUCGCGGGAAUCAAUUUCAUGCAUUGCAUGCGCUUCUCAGAAUUCAAUCAUAGGCGCCGCAUCUCACAAACGCAGGUGCCACAUUUCACAGCCACAGGCGCCGCAUUUCACAGCCACAUGCGCCACAUUCCACAGCCACAGGCGCCGCAUUUCACAGCCGCAGGCGCCGCAUUUCACAGCCACAAGCGCCGCAUUUCACUGCCGCAGGCGCCGAGCAUGUCACAGCCAAAGGCGCUUCAACUCACAGCCAGGGGCGCCGCAUUUCACAGCCGCAGGCGCCGCAUUUCACAGCCGCAGGCAGGUGCCACAUUUCACAGCCACAGGCGCCGCAUUUCACAGCCACAGGCGCCGCACUUCACAGCCGAGCGCGCCGCUUUUCACAGCCGCAGGCGCCGCGCAUUUUACAGCCGCGCGCGCCGAACUUCACAGCCGCAGGCGCCGCGCUGCACAACCAUGGGCCCCGCGCGUUACAGCCGCAGGCGCCGCGUUUCACAGCCGCAGGCGCCGCAUUUCACAGCCGCAGGCGCCGCGUUUCACAGCCACAGGCACUACAUUUCACAGCCGCAGGCGCCACAAUUCACAGCCGAGCGCGCCGCAUUUCACAGCCGCAGGCGCCGCGCAUUUCACAGCCACAGGCGCCACAUUUCACAGCCGCAUGCGCCGCAUGCCACGACUUCUUAUCAGCUCAUCAGAGGCGUCACAUUGAACAGCCGCUGGCACCGCAUUGCACUGCUGCUGGCGCUAAAGUGCACAGCCGCUGGCGCCGCGCCGCGCAGUCGCGGGCGCACAUUGCACAGCCAUGGGCGCCACAGUUCACAGCCACAGGCGCCACAUGUCACAGCCGCAGGCGCCGCAAUUCACAGCCACAGGCGCCGCGUCUCACAGCAACAGGCGCCGCAUUUCACAGCCACAGGCGCCGCGUUUCACAGCCACAGGCGCCGCAUUUCACAGCCACCGGCGCCACAGUUCACGGCCGCAGGCGCCGCGCAUGACAGCCGAGCGCGCCGCAUUUCACAGCCGCAGGCGCCGCGCAUUUCACAGCCGCAGGCGCCGCAUUUGACAGCCACGCGCGCCGCGCGCCACAGCCACAGGCGCCGCAUUUUCACAGCCACAGGCGCCACAUGUCACAGCCACAGGCGCCGCAUUUCACAGCCAAAGGCGCCGCAUUUAACAGCCGCGGGCGCCGAGCAUUUCACCGCCAAAGGCGCCGCAUUUCACAGCCACAGGCGCCGCAUUUCACAGCCGCAGGUGGCGCAGGACGGCGCGCAGCGUGCUGUUCAGCUGGGCCCAGCCAUGGCGCCUGGCCGCGCCGGUGGUCUGGCAGCUGCCGACCAGCGCACGCGGUUCUGCAGGUUCUGCAUUCACCAGCGCACUGGAGAGAAGUUCUUCAAUAAACCAGAACGGGACGUCUGCUACCAGUGCAGAAGGUCAAAAGGGGCGUGCUUCCACAGCUACAAGGAGCACAAGUCUCCCAGUGUCCGUGCUGGUCCUUCGGCCGACAAGGUGGCCCCGUGGAACCAGACUAAGCUGCAGCCCCAGGCAGCCCAGGACACCAUCAAGAAGCUGGAGGCACAGUUGCGCGAGCAGCGUGACAAGUCUGGCGUCAAGAAGGUACGAUUUACAGACGAGGCCAUGGACGUGGACGCUGGCGACGACGCUAGCACAUCUACGGACAACGAUGGUCAAUUCAAUGAAGGAAAGGCUCGUGCACGACUGGCAGAACUGGAGAAGCAGUUGGACAUGGCCAGCAAGUGCGAGGGCCUCGCUUGGGCCGCGCUCAAGGCCAGCUUGGGCGCGGAACGCGAUGCGAUCCAGGCUGAUAUCAACAAGCGGAAGCCUGCAGCAGCGAGGAUUCUCAGUCUCACUCGCAAGAUUGAGGCUAUGGGCGAGAUGUCUACCAAGGACGAGAAGCGCUUCACCCAGAACCUCGACUUCGUGAACGCCCAGUACCCGCACAUGGACGACCCGCGCUUCCUGUCGAUCACGAACCAGAUGACUCACUGCCUCCUGCGCUUCGUGCAGUUCUGCCGCUGCUCCCGCGAGCUGGGCGAGGAGGACACGCGCUGCAAGUACCAGUACUUCCGCGCUCAGUGCGCGUGCCCGGAGUCCCAGAUGGAGGACUGGAUGGAGCACCGCGCGCGCGGCUCGUGCCACAUGGACGUGCUGCCGGACCGCAGCACCGCGCACGCCCGCCAGUGAGCGUGCCCCGCGCGUGCGGCAGGCGGGCCGUGGCGGCGGGGGGAACCACGGCCUCGUCCGGCAGGCGGCCAGACGAGGCCGAGGUUGGUGGACUUGGCUCGAGCCGGAGCGGCACAACACCCGAGCGGGCGCGUUUGUCGCGCCGACGAUGGCGCGCCUUGUGGGCCUCGCCGCCGCCCUCCUGCGGGCCACGGCCCCGUGCUUGGCGUAUGAGCACCAGGCCAAUCCGGUCAGAAAGGUGGCGGCCAGGCUUCGAUGCCAGAUCUCGGGCGGACUGAGCUCCUCAGUGUUCCCACGCUCCUCCCCUCCACCCUUCGCGCGGCCGCCCUCGUCUUCGCCUCUCUUUCUCUCGCACGCAGGACAAUUUGUUGAUUGGGCACAGGCGCGAUUCAAGCGGAGUGGUUAUUCUCUCUGCUGCCCAGGCUUCAUCUUCGCUCCCAUCAUGCUAUUGCUUUCGUUGCGGCGCGGGCAUGGCCUGCUUCUUCUC